UCCACACCUCCGAAGCAGACUCCUGGAAGCUGCGAACAGUCAAUCAUGCAAGCUACUUAAACUUUUAUAACCGGCUUAUGUCCACUCCAUUAGCAGCAAGUCAAUGGGAGGCUAUAACGUUUGUAUUACAAGGGAUAAGGAAAGACCGUAUUGUGAAAAUCAAACAAAGUGGAUUUUUAACACAAACACCAACUUCAGACGGUAUAGUAAAGCCUGCGGAUUUAGUUACCUCACUGAAGAUCAAAAGAAGAUAGAAGACUUCCAAUUGUAGGCCGCUCAAAUACGCAGAUAUACUGCGAGUAUUCCGGACAGAACAGCUUUCAACUGUCAAUCCACUUCACUGAUCAAACAUGGAAGGAGAGGGCAAGGGGGUGACGUUCCAGCUGAUGUUGGCAGUGGGAACAGCUGCGAUUGGCUCUCUGCAGUUCGGCUACAACACAGGGGUCAUCAAUGCUCCGCAAAAGGUCAUCGAGACGUUCUUGAAUGACACAUGGAACCACAGGUAUUCUGAGCCCAUCCCAGCCGCUUCCCUAACCACCCUGUGGUCUGUCUCCGUGGCCAUCUUCUCCGUCGGAGGCAUCUUUGGCUCCUUUUCCGUCAGCCUCUUCGUCAACCGCCUGGGCAGGAGGAACUCAAUGUUCAUUGCAAACGUUCUAGCAUUCAUUGCAGCGGGUUUCAUGGGCUUCUCCAAGAUGGCAGAGUCAUGGGAAUUACUGAUCAUAGGGCGCUUCAUUGUGGGUCUUUACUCCGGCCUGUCCACUGGCUUUGUGCCAAUGUAUGUUGGGGAGAUCUCUCCCACCCCUCUCCGGGGUGCUCUGGGCACUCUGCACCAGCUGGGCAUCGUCAUUGGAAUCCUCAUGGCACAGGUGUUUGGGAUCGAAUCAAUCAUGGGGAACUCCACUAUGUGGCCCUUCCUGCUGGGCUUCACUUUGAUCCCGGCGACCCUGCAGUGCAUGCUGCUCCCUUUCUGCCCCGAGAGCCCUCGUUUCCUCCUUAUUAACCGCAACGAAGAGAUCAAGGCUAGGGAAGUGCUUGAGAAGUUGCGAGGCACAGAGGAGGUAGGCACUGACAUUAAUGAGAUGAAGGAAGAGAGCCGGCAGAUGAUGAGGGAGAAGAAGGUGACCAUCUUAGAGCUGUUUCGCUCGCCCAUCUACCGCCAACCCAUCUUCAUCGCCAUCAUGCUCCAGCUCUCUCAGCAGCUGUCUGGCAUCAACGCUGUUUUUUACUACUCAACUAGGAUCUUUGAGAAGGCAGGGGUCUCUCAGCCAGUCUACGCUACCAUUGGAGCUGGAGUAGUCAAUACAGCCUUCACUGUUGUGUCCCUAUUUAUUGUAGAGCGUGCAGGGCGAAGAUCCCUUCACCUUACUGGCUUACUCGGAAUGGCCUUCUCAGCGGUUCUCAUGACUGUCGCCAUGUCACUUCUGGACCAGCUGCCAUGGAUGUCCUACGUCAGCAUUGUGGCCAUCUUCAGCUUCGUGGCCUUCUUUGAGAUUGGCCCUGGACCCAUCCCCUGGUUCAUUGUGGCUGAGCUCUUCAGCCAAGGCCCUCGGCCGUCUGCCUUUGCUGUGGCUGGAUUCUCCAACUGGUCGGCUAACUUCAUAGUGGGCAUGACCUUCCAAUACGUUGAGCAACUGUGUGGUCCCUACGUCUUUAUCAUCUUCACUGUGCUGUUGCUGGGCUUCUUCAUAUUCACCUACUUCAAAGUUCCUGAAACCAAGGGACGGUCGUUCGAUGAGAUCUCAGCCGGAUUCCGCCAUGAGGCUGGACAGGCAGGGGACAAGUAUGCGCCUGACGAGAUGAAUAGCCUGGGUGGAGCUGACUCCCAGCUCUAAGCACCCUAACACCUACCAACCUACCUACCUGUUCCUGAAAGAAUGGGUGGGCAAGAUUUCAUUGGGCAUUUCUAAUAUAGGCACGAGGGCCUCUCCUAUAGGCUUACCUCCCCUGCUCUCAGAUGUUAACGUUUGACUGCUAUGAGACCAGGGUUCCGUGAGGGACGCUGAGAGUGUUCACAGGAGGUAGAGGCUCCUCUUGUGGCCCCAUGGGUAAUAUUGGCAGAUGUCCAUGGCCUUUUCUCAUUUGGCUGAAAAGUCUGUCCUCCACCCUCUUUCUUCAUCUUCUGUUAGCGCAUGAGUGGGGAUGGAUCGUCUCAUUUCAAACACUUUUAAUCUUGUAUUUCUUGCUAUUUCAUAGGAGUAUAUGCUUGGCAUAUGAUAUACUCUUCUGUUACUGAGGAGCAAUGAACAAUCUUGGUUAAGCAUUUUGUUCACUCCUAAAUGAAAAAAAAUCUUCAUUACAAAUAACACUGUUCAUGGCUGUUUUCAAAUAUAUUGCACAAAAUUAUUUUGUUUGUUAUGUUAAGUGUUUAUUCACCCUAACAAUAAGGACUAGCGGGACUACCUAAUGCUUGUAUAUAAUGGCAUACCAAGAUCAACGCAAUACUAAUAUCAUGAUAAUAAUUUGAAUAAUUUGCAAGCUUUCAUUUACGUUUUCCAAUGCUCUUGAUCAUUGCAAAGACCUGACAAUAUGGGUCUAGUAAUAACAGAGCACACCUUUCUCUGAAAAUAACCUCACAUUUUCUCAACCAUUUGGCGCAAUAAUUCUGUCCAUUUGAAUUGAAAUGAAAUGUGAUUUUUUUCAAGCACCAUUGUCUUUUUAGACAUGUUAUUAUUAAUGUAUAGCAAAGAAAUAAACACUGGUAGAAACUUGAAAAUUACAAAAUGAGAUAACGUCAACUACUUCAAUAUGUAAUUGAACUGUAUUGAACUGUGUUUUGUCAUUUUAAUAUAUUUACCACCCUGAUAUGUAGAAAUACAAAAGGCUGUUCACAGGGGUAUGUUUUUCAAAUGAAAUAUUGGGCAGGAAAUGUAAUGUGAUUAUGAUAUUGUCAUUUCAUCUAUAACCUGGAGACUAUGAAUCAAUGUUAUGAAGUAGUACAAUGACAUCACCAAAUAAUGUGUAUAUUUAUACAUUUAUAAUAGUAAAUGUUAUACACUCCUUGAACAUAUGGAUUUUUGCAGUGUCCUCUGAUUUUCAGAAGUUUUUGCAGCUGAUAUCUGUCAGUCGGCUGAAGCUAGCCAUUUUUUAUUGAAAUAUUUGCAUUCUGCUUUUGUUUGACCAAUUCAGUGUAGGUUUCAGGUCGUUUGUGUUUGUGUGUGUUUGUGCAAUUGUUUGUGUGUGUGUACACCCCUAGUAACUGCUUUAGGUAUAGUGACUUUUUCUGUAGUUUUUGACACUUUCUGUAAAUAAAAUACAAAACAAAUAUUGUAGUUGUAUAACCAGAAUAUGAGUUAAAAAUAUUAAUAAUUUUCUAAAAUGUUUCAGUGAGCUGUACAAUUAUAUUAUGUACUGUAAAGAAAACGAUAAUCUGUGUGUAGACUAGUAUAUAGAAGUAGAAAGAUAGUAGAUUUUUGUUUUCCUCUAUGUAAAAAGAAAUGAUGUGCCAAGACUAUUCUACUUGCAGUUCUUCCCCUUUCUUUAUGAGAUACUGUACGGUAGAUACUGGAUAUUGGGCUCAAUUAAAACUAACUGUAUACAGAAAACCACUGUGAUAGGCUUUACUGUUUUUCAGAUAAUAAACACAUUCUAAUAUAUUUGGUUAGUUACAGAAAUAAUAUUCAAAUAUACUUAAUGUAUGUUUUUUACAUGUUAUGUAACUGUAAACAAUAAUUUUGUGUCA